AUGCCGUUCUUGGACACGCAGCCAAAAAUCCUCAUCGCAGGCGCCGGUAUCGGUGGAUUGACCACUGCGCUAGCGCUCCAUGCCGCCGGCUUCAGCGACAUUCAGAUUUUCGAGACAGCGUCGACGCUCACAACGCUCGGUGUUGGCAUCAAUGUCCAGCCGUCCGCAGUUUUGAUUCUGCGGAAUCUAGGUUUACUUGAAGCACUGGAGAAGACGGGCAUCAAGACAAAAGAGCUGAACUUCUACAAUCGCCAUGGCGAUUCCAUUCUCAGCGAGCCUAGAGGCAUGGAUGCAGGAUACGAGGUGCCUCAAUUCUCGAUCCAUCGCGGAGAGUUCCAGAUGUUGCUUCUGAGCGCUGUAAAGGAGCGUCUUGGCAAUGAUGUUCUUCGCCUAAACCACGCCUUGGCUGGAUUCGAUCAGAACGAUGAGAGCAUCACAGCACGAUUUUCGCACAGGAGGGAUGGUGCGCCAGUGGAUGAGUCAAGUGUAACAGGUGAUAUCCUUAUCGCUGCUGAUGGAAUCAACUCCACAGCCAGGAGACUUCUCUACCCGGGCGAAGGACCACCACGCUUCUCAGGACGCAUGCUUUGGCGUGGAUGCAUUGAGCGCGAGCAGUACUUGACAGGCGCAAGCAUGGUAUGGGCAGGCCACGCCGACCAGAAAUUUAUCGCAUACCCCAUCAGCCAAAGAUCAGCUGACAAAGGCAAAAGCCUCGUAAACUGGAUCGCUGAGUUGCGCAUACGCGACAAAGAUGACGUGGACCUGACACCACCAAAGACAGACUGGACUAAGGCUGUCAAGAAAGACGUUUUCGCAGGUCCGUUUGAGACAUGGAGAUGCGGAGGUUUGGAGAUGAAGGACUUGAUCAACAGCACAGAGAAGGUCUUCGAGUUUCCCAUGUCUGAUCGCGACCCUGUAGAAGCCUGGUCGUUCGGUCGUCUUACACUCAUGGGCGAUGCAGCGCACGCUAUGUACCCCAUCGGUUCCAAUGGCGCAUCUCAAGCCAUCAUCGACGCGGAGACACUUGCCAAGCACCUCUCCAACAACACUUCAGAUAUUGCCGGUGCGCUGAAAGCAUACGAGUUGGAGAGGUUGCCGCCUACCGCAAAGAUCGUCAUGGCAAAUCGAGCGAACGGUCCUGAUCACGUCUUGCAACUUGCGGAGGAAAGGGCGCCGGAUGGCUUCAAGAAUGUGUACGAUGUCAUUCCAAAGGAGGAGUUGGAGGAGAUUGGAAGGGUGUACAAGAAGGUUGCUGGAUUCGAGAUGGAGAGUGUUAAUGAAAAGGCGAGGGAGACGAAAGGAAUGGAAAAGGAAAAGAACCUGAAGAGCCCAGCCGAUUGGAUAUAG